GGGCAGGCCCAUACCAACCACAAGAAGGUAGCAGCAGAUGGAGAGAGCAGAGAGGAGACCUUGAUUCAGGAAUCGGCUACCAAGGAAGAGUACUACAUGAAGAAGGUUAUGGAGUUGCAGACAGAACUGAAGCAGCUCAGAAAUGUCCUGGCCAACACCCAGUCUGAAAAUGAACGCCUUAAUUCUGUUGCACAGGAGCUAAAAGAGGUCAAUCAGAAUGUGGAGAUCCAAAGGGCCCGUCUGCGAGAUGAUAUUAAAGAAUAUAAAUUCCGAGAGGCACGUUUGCUGCAAGACUACACAGAGCUCGAAGAGGAAAACAUCUGUCUCCAGAAACAAGUGUCUGUCCUGAAGCAAAACCAGGUGGAGUUUGAAGGCCUGAAACAUGAAAUCAAAAGGCUUGAAGAAGAAACAGAAUUUCUCAACAGCCAGCUGGAAGAUGCCAUACGGCUGAAGGAGAUUUCUGAACGCCAGCUUGAGGAGGCCUUAGAGACACUGAAGACUGAGAGGGAGCAGAAGAACAAUCUCCGUAAGGAGCUCUCUCACUACAUGAACAUCAAUGACUCCAUGUACAACAGCCACCUGAACAUCUCCUUGGAUGGACUGAAGUUCAGUGAUGAAGCCACGGAGCCCAAUAACGAUGAAAUCAUGAAUGGAUUUGAACAAAACUGCCUCAGCAAACUCAGCAAUGGCAAGAACAGUACAUCAACACCCAAGAAAAAUGAAAGCUUCCCUCCAGCUCCAAGUCUGGUUUCAGAUCUUCUGAGUGAAUUAAACAUUUCUGAAAUCCAGAAGCUGAAACAACAGCUUGUGCAGAUGGAAAGGGAAAAGGUGAACUUGUUAACGACGCUACAGGAAUCUCAGAAGCAGCUGGAAAAUACACGAGGAGCCCUUUCAGAGCAGCAUGAGAAGGUUGGCAGACUCACAGAAAACCUGAAUGCGAUGAAGAAGCUCCAGGUCAGCAAGGAACGUCAGUCAGCCCUUGACAAUGAGAAGGACCGAGACAGCCAUGAAGAUGGAGACUAUUAUGAAGUUGACAUCAAUGGGCCAGAAAUCCUGGAGUGCAAGUACAAAGUGGCUGUAGCAGAGAUUACUGACCUAAAAGAAGAGCUUAAAAAUCUUAAGACCAAAUAUAAAGAAUGUGAGUCAAAGUAUGAGGAAGAGAAAAGCAGAUAUGAGACCGAGAGCCAAGCUCUGACUGAGAAGAUCACCUCACUAGAAAAAUCCAGUAGGCAUGAUAGAGAACAGGUGGCCAGACUGGAGAAGGAGCUGAAGAAAGUCAGUGAUGUUGCUGGAGAAACACAGGGCAGCCUCAGUGUGGCCCAAGAUGAACUCGUCACCUUCAGUGAAGAGCUGGCCAAUUUAUACCACCAUGUCUGCAUGUGCAACAAUGAGACACCAAACAGAGUGAUGCUGGAUUACUACAAGGAAGGUAAAGGUGGACGCAGUAGUCCAGAGGCCAAGGGAAGAAGGUCUCCCAUUCUUCUUUCUAAAGGGCUGUUAACUAUAGAGCUAGGAAAGUCAGAGAAUGGAAGCAGUGACAGCAGCCCAUCUCCAGUGUCAUCUUUGCCAUCUCCCGUGUUGGAUCCUCGGAAGGAACCCAUGAACAUCUACAACUUGAUCGCUAUCAUCCGGGAUCAGAUCAAGCACCUGCAAGCUGCUGUGGACAGAACAACUGAGCUGUCAAGGCAGCGUGUUGCCACUCAAGAACUUGGGCCAGUGGUGGACAAAGACAAGGAAGCUCUCAUGGAAGAAAUCCUGAAGCUGAAGUCACUGCUGAGCACCAAGAGAGAACAGAUAGCAACUCUGAGAACUGUGCUGAAGGCCAACAAACAGACUGCAGAGGUAGCCCUUGCCAACUUAAAAAGCAAGUAUGAGAACGAGAAGGCCAUGGUCACGGAAACCAUGAUGAAGCUGCGGAAUGAGCUGAAGGCUUUGAAAGAAGAUGCUGCUACCUUCUCUUCCCUGAGAGCAAUGUUUGCCACAAGGUGUGACGAGUAUGUCACCCAGCUGGAUGAAAUGCAGAGGCAACUUGCAGCAGCUGAGGAUGAGAAGAAGACUCUAAACUCCUUGCUCCGGAUGGCCAUCCAGCAGAAGCUGGCACUGACCCAGCGCCUGGAGCACCUGGAGCUGGACCACGAGCAGUCCAAAAGGGUGCGCACAAAAUCUGCUUCCAAAGCCAAGAGCAGUAACCCUAGUGUAAGUCACCUGCGGUCCUGUGGAGACAGGGCUGAGGGGUCUGUCCUUAACAACCAGGUGUUUUGUAGUGAGAAGUAUAAAAUCUGUUGUGACUAGCACAGGUGUGUAGAAAAAUAAUAUAAUGCAUCUUAUGCUGUAACUGUCAGCGUAAAUCCCCACUGUCUAAUGUCACAGUGAGUUGACUUGUACUAGUAUGUUGUUGAAACAGGUAAUACAAGUUGUAUUAUGGUGGUCUUAACUGUAACUAAUUCAUAAGGGUGGGGAUGCUAUUAACAAGUUAAUAGUGGAAAGGAAUUAGCUUUUUCCACAAUUAACAUGUUUUGCUGUUUAUGGUAAGUGUUACGAGUACACCUGAUAGGCCAUGUCUGGUG